AUGGCUACUUUUCAUCUUGCAAAUUGCCGGCAUAUCAAACUGGCAACAACUGAAGAGACAACAACUAAGUUUUCUUUUCUGUUUUCACGCCAUUUAAGCAGUGUAUCUCAUUUUGAGGACUUCAGCAGCAGCAAAGUUGGUCCAAUGCACGGUGUGUCACACCAAUUAGUACCAGCUGGACCGAACCCACUUCACAACUGA